AUGGCACGACUUGAACACCUACCAACCGAGCUCUUCCAACGCAUAGUCUGCGCCGUUCUAGACGAUGUCUGGAACAUCACUCACAUGAACGAGUUUAUCGCGUUGAGACGUGUCUGCCGCAAAUUCAACGCCUGCAUCCAACAGGAAAUAUCUCGCUUUCCCAUCAAUACCUUCGGCUGUUUACACUUCCCAGCAGCUACGAAGCUGAAUCUCCUCCACCUUGUCCGUACCGAGGACACCGCCGACGGCAAACUGAUGGUUCUUGCCAUUACCAGAGCCGUCCAGGAAGCCGUAUUAGCCAAAGCGCAAAGCAAUAUCGUCCCAGAGGACGUGAAUUUAAUCGAGCGCACUUGCGCACAGUAUAGCCGCGCCAUCACCACCGUCGUCUAUCGCGGUUUCCGCUCCUUCUACCUAGACUUCCUCGCCGGCCGUGUCCGGGGCGUCCACGGAAUCUUAUAUCAGCUCACAUUCCAGCAGUCCGAGCCGCACGCGCUCGCUGUCCUCGGCGCCGCACAGGAAGGCGACGUUCCCAUGCUCAAGCUGCUUCUCUCACGAAGCCGCUUCGAUCCACCGCUGGGCCUCGUCGACACUUUCCUCGGCCCACUCAUUCUAGCGAUCCGCGGCGAACACAUGGACGCCGUAAAAUUCCUGCUCGCGAGAUGGGAUGCGCACGGCGAUGUGGACCGCCCCGAUGCGCCAAAUGCCGAAGGCGAUUGCCCAAUCCACUGUGCUGCUCGGAUCGGGAGCAUUCCUCUCGUACAACUCUUCCUAGCGCGGAUGGGCGGCAGGGCAGACUUGCUUGUCACCGUCCAGGCCUACCUGUCUCAACCGCUCUCGAACCAAGACACCACAAGGGCGUACCCUGGUAUGACACCGCUUGACGUCGCGGCGUCAGCGGGGAAGCUGGAUCUUGUGAAGUAUCUCGCCGCGAUACCGGGGGCGUGUAGGACGGGUGGUGGUGGGCUGGGCGCGUCUAGGAGGAGCACGAUAUACCACGCCGUGUGUAGCAAGAACAUCGAGGUCAUCGAGUUCCUCUUGGCGCAGCCCGAAACUGUCAUCACGGCGUCUAAUCCCCUUGAUAGCCCGCUUGUUUUAGCAACGAUAUUCGGCAGGACGGAUAUCGUCAAUAUCCUCGUGGAGAAAGGUCGAGUUAUCAGCGAGGUAGAACGUAUGGCUACCUACCACACCUGUCUACUCUCCGCCGUGAGCAGGGGCAGCGCCGCGCUAUUUGACUACUUCUUUUCGAAGAGGGGGAUCCCGCUUGAUGCGCGCCUCGGCGGCGAGGGUGACAACAUCUCGCUACUUACGAACGCAGUUAUAGCGGCGCAAGACGCGAUGUUCGAGCGGCUGGUGGCCUGCGACGAGAUUGGCGCCGAUGCCCGGCAGGACGCGCUACUUGUCGCGGCGAGAAUGGGCAAAGUGCAGAUGCUGCGAAUCCUGCUUGAUGCUGGGAAUCUGGGGCUCGAGUCGGUGCCGGAGUUUGGGCGCAAUGCCAUGUGGGCUGCUAGACGGCAUUCGGAUGUUGUUGAGAUGUUUAGGAGGUAUGGCAUUAUAGACGCUUCUGUUGAUAUAGGUAUAGACGAAUAA